AAAACAACAACAAAAAUCAUUAUCAUUAUCAUUGUCUACAAUACGGCCAAAUUUUGUGAAAUUUUUUAAUCGAAAUCAUACAAAAAAUAUCAAUGAAAAUCAACAACAACAACAACAAUUUCGUAAUUCAUCAAUACCGGAAACAGUAUUCUUAGGCAGUCAACGAUCAUUAUCAUUUGCAUUGAACAAUCAACAACAGAUAAAGCAGUCUAGAUAUUCUGUGCCAACAAUCAUACAGAAAGAUAAAGCACAAAAAUCCUGGGAACGUAUGAUGAAAAUGAAAAAUGAUGAAAAACGUAAUAAAAGAAAAACAACACGUCUUUUAUCAUCAGUUCAACAACAAAAAACAGCCUUAAUCAAUAAUUAUAAUCAGAAUAAAAUUAAAACAAAUGUUGUUGUCAUUAUUGAUGAAAGUUCACCAACCAAAAUUCCUUGCAACGAUUCAUUCGAAUCAAUUCCAAUAUGUUCAGAUUCUAUUCAAUCAAAACAUCAGCCAACGGAACCAACAAAUCAAACAAUCAAGGAAAAAGAAAAAACCGAAUCAAUUAAUAGUGAUCACAAUAAUAACAUUGAUCACAAUUCUAUUGAGAAUAUUUCCAAUAAUAAUCAUAAUCAACAAUCACAAACAAAUCUUGAACAAAAACGUAUAAUGUCAUCAUCAUUUACAUUGACGGCAACACCAUUAGCUUCCAUACCGACAACAUUAACAACAACUACAAUUGUGGAUCAAAUACCGAAUUGUCAGCCACAACAGCCAAAACAAAAAUCUGAUUUAAUCUUGGAACAACAAGAACAAUUUCAAUCAAAUGGAACAAAUUAUUGUUCUGAAUCGAUUUCAUUGGUAGAACAGAAAAUAAAAGCAAAUUCUAUCAUAACAGACACUAAUACAACAACGACGACAGAUCAUAAUAAUAAAAAAACGAUGACUAUGACGAUGGCUCAUAAUAAUAAUAAUCUCAUUAAUAACACUAAUAAUAAUAAUAAUAGUAAUGAUGUCGAUCCAUUUGAAGAUGACGAUGGAAUCAUCGACGAUUCAAAAAAAAUUAAUGAAAAUAAUACAUCGUCAGCUAGACAAUCAGAAGAUCAAUCGGGUGGUUCUGGAAAUACGAAUAAAACUAAACCAGAUAGCUGUAGUAGUUAUAGUAGUUUAAAUAAUGAUGAAAUGAAUAGUGCAACAUCAUUAUAUAGUCAAGAAAGUGCUGUUGAAACACGUAUGACACGUGCAAAUGUAUCAGUUAGACCUGUUAAUAUGAAUUAUCAACGUAAAUAUUCAUUGGCAGUUCCAGGCGAACCAAGAUAUGUACAUCGUCGUGAAUCUGGCUCACGAUCACCAUUAAAUUCAAGUUGUGGUGGGCUUAGUCCUUCCGAAUUAAGUACACCAAGUCCUAGCUGUAGUAAUAGCAUAAAUGAAGAUCAAUCUUCAUUUAGUAGCCAUUCAAUACAUUCAAAACAUUGUACAUUAUCGGUUGAUGAAUUAUUUCUGAAAUCAUCACAUCAUCAGCAAACAACAACAGCAACAUUGCUACAAGCAGCUGCGGCUGCAGCUGCUGCUGGUAUUGGUGUCGGUGUAGGUUCACCUGACGAUGGUGAUGAUGAUGGCAUCUAUGAUGAUCUAAUUCAAAUGGAUUUAGAUGAUAAUAAUAAUAAACAUGAUACAAAUUCGGGCAGCAGUAAUGUUGGAAAUACAGUCAAUAAUAAAAAGAAUAAACAUUCACGAUUAGUGGAUGAAUUGUGUCGUAAUCUUAUACAUUUAAAAACGGCUACAUCAUUAGAUAAUUGUAGUGAUAGUCGCAAAUCGAAUUCAAAUACAACAAUAAAAUCGAUAAUAUCGAAUACUAAAGAUAAUGAACAAUCAAUAAAAGCUGUCGUUGAUUCAACCAAUAAUGAUUUUGAUCAUAAUCAUUCUCAAAAUAAUAAUAAUAAAAAUAAUCGACAUCACCGUGAAUCGAUAGCAACAACAACUAUAACAACAAAUAUGAAAAAGCCAAAACAACGUAAAAAUAGUAUGACGGCCAUAAUAGCAUCGUUAUUAUUACCCGAUUCUAUAUGUCAAAAACUUGGUGCAUCAUUAAAUAAUGAUCGUUAUUUUGAAUCGAAUAAUUCAGAAGAAAAUAAUGAUUCGAUUGAAAAUGAAAACAAUGAUAAUCAUCAUCAACAACAAUCAAAAACAAUGAUGUGUUCAUCAUCAACUAAAGAUCAAUCAAAUAAUGAUGAUAAUGUUGGUGAUAAAUCGAUAAAUGCAGCAAAUAGUGGACAGAAUCGUAAACGUAAAGGUUCUAUAGCUCAAAUUACUUCGGCAUCAGCAACACGUCUUGUUCGAUUAUUACGACGUACACAUAGUGCUGGUGCUAGUAAAGAUGUACCAUCAUAUGCAUUAUUUCUUGCUCAUGAACCAAAUGAAAAUUCUGUAUCAUCAAUGAUGCCUUUGUCAUCAACAAAAUUGGGACAAAAUCAUUCAUCACAUUAUAGUAGUAGUAAGGAUAAAUCCAAAUCACGGAAACGAAGACUAAAAGAUAAAUCAGCAAAAAAUCGUCCAUCAUCAUCAACAGGAAAUAAUGGAAACGAUGAUGAAAAGGAUCAUUAUCAUCAUCAUCAUACACGACAUCAAAAUCAUCAUCAUCAUGAUCAUGAUCAACAUGAUACAAUGUCUGGAAGUGGAUCAUCAGGCCUGGAAGAUAUGAAACAACGAUUACGAUUCUUAAGUCGUCGUCAUACAGAUUCAUCAUUACAUGCAUCGACUGUAAGGCCAUCCCGUGACGAAGUGGAAAAAUGGUCAAAAUCAUUUCGUGAUCUAAUGGCUAAUCGAUAUGGUUCAGCAUUAUUUCGAGCAUUUCUUUGUCGAGAAUUUUCCGAUGAAAAUCUUGAAUUUUGGUUAGCCUGUGAAGAAUAUCGAAAAAUACGAUCAAGUAAAUUACGACAUCGUGCAAAGAAAAUUUUUGACAAUUAUGUUGCUGUACGUUCUCCAAGGGAGGUCAAUCUGGAUCAUCAUCUACGUUUGGAUAUACAGAAAAAUCUGGCAACACCAUCAAAAUUUACAUUUGAUGAAGCACAGAAAAAAAUUCAAAGUCUUCUCGAAUCAGAUUCAUAUGUAAGAUUUUUACAAUCCGAUUUAUAUACCGAUCUUGUUGUACCAGAAUUGAAACGUAGUACAACGGCCAACAAUGAUAAUAAUGAUUAUAAUAAUCAUGAUGAUGAUGUUAAUUAUUGUGAUGAUAAUAAAUUUAAAAAAAAUCCUAAACAUUCCAAAGAAACAUCUGCAUCAAAUUCACGUCGUCAUUCGAAAGAUAGCCAAAAUCAACAAUCAACAUCAUCACCACCACCAUUUUUGCCAUGAAAGAAACUAAUAAUCAGAACUAAAAUGGUCAUCAUUCUUAUUCAAUGAAGAAAAUUCAGCCUAAAAAUUCAGAUGUUCCAGUAAUUGUUAUCUUUUCUAGUUCAUACACACAC